AUGCAGCAGGAGCGCGACUCGACGGGGCGGUUCGUGGUGGUGGACAAAAGCGCGGGGAACUACGAAGCCCUGAUCGAGCAGGAAAUGAACAAAGUGUACGAGCGGGUGAAGCAAUUGGAUGCCAACCAGGCGGAAUUCCUGCAGGCUUUUCACGAAAUUUUGUACUCGCUCAAGCCCCUCUUCAUGGAAGAACCAAAGUACCUGCCCGUCAUCGAAAUGCUAUCAGAGCCCGAGCGUGUGGUUCAAUUCCGCGUGUGUUGGAUAGACGACCAUGGCAUCCAACGGAAGAACAGAUGCUUCAGAGUUCAGUUUAACAGCAUCCUGGGUCCGUACAAAGGAGGGCUGCGCUUUCACCCGUCUGUGAAUUUAUCUAUUGUGAAAUUUUUAGGCUUUGAACAAAUUUUUAAGAAUUCCUUAACGGGUCUGUCCAUGGGAGGGGGGAAAGGAGGAUCCGAUUUUGACCCCAAGGGAAAAUCAGACAGCGAAAUUCUGAAAUUCUGCCAAGGGUUUAUGAACGAGCUGUACAGACAUAUAGGCCCCUGUACAGACGUGCCCGCAGGGGAUAUCGGAGUGGGAGGAAGAGAAAUAGGCUACCUAUUCGGUCAGUAUAAAAAGUUAGCGAAUCAUUUUAAUGGAACUUUAACAGGCAAGAAUGUCAAAUGGGGAGGAUCCAAUUUAAGAAUAGAAGCCACAGGCUACGGCCUAGUCUACUUCGUGUUGGAGGUUUUAAAAUCGCUAAACAUUUCAGUCGAAAAGCAAACAGCAGUAGUUAGUGGCAGCGGAAAUGUAGCCCUCUACUGUGUUCAAAAAUUGCUACAGCUUAAUGUAAAGGUCCUAACCCUAAGUGACAGCGAUGGGUAUGUUCUAGAACCAAACGGGUUCUCGGAUGGAGACCUAAAUUUCAUCAUAGAAUUGAAGGAAGUCAAAAAAGGAAGAAUCAAAGAUUAUUUGAAGCACUCAUCAACGGCUACAUAUUUCCCAAAUGAGAAACCUUGGGGGGUUCCAUGCACCUUAGCCUUCCCUUGUGCUACUCAAAAUGAAAUAAAUCUUGAAGAUGCCAAGAAAUUACACAAAAAUGGAUGUGUCUUAAUCGGUGAAGGGGCAAAUAUGCCAUCCAGUGUCGAAGCCAUUAACUAUUUUAAGUCCAACCAAAUUAUUUUUUGCCCUUCUAAGGCUGCCAAUGCUGGGGGGGUAGCCAUUAGUGGCCUCGAAAUGGCACAGAAUUUUCAAUUCACGAAAUGGACCAGGGAAGACGUAGAUGAGAAGCUGAAGGAAAUUAUGAAAAAUAUUUUCGUGGCAUGUUCGGAAAGUGCUUUGAAGUAUACCAAGGAUAAAUACGACUUGCAGGCGGGGGCCAACAUUGCUGGCUUUUUGAAGGUUGCGCAGUCGUACAUCGAGCAGGGCUGCUUCUAGGGAGGGGGCGAGGUGCGUAGCGACAGCGUGGUAGCCGUGUGGCAGCCGUGUGGUAGCCGCGUGGUAGCCGUGUGGUAGUCGUGUGGUAACCGCGUAGCAACCGCAUGGCAACCGCAUGGGAGCGCCUUCCUCCCGUCCGGGUCCACCGCGUGCCCACUCCGCCUUCCUCCAUUUUAAGUGGCACUUUAAGCGGCACAUUAAGUGGCACUUUUACCGUCGCUUUAACAGCCCCUCCACCACCACUUAACCAUUUUUACAACCCGCUUUAACAGCGCGCUCUAAGCGCGCUUCUCACUAAUUCGAACGAUAUAUUGACGGGCGCAUCCCCCACUGCACCCGUGGCGGCGUUGACGAUCGCGC